CAAGAAGGGGGGAGAGAGCUUUAAAACCCACAGGAAAUGCUUUCACAUCUCGGGUGCUGCCACUUCUAAGCUAAGAAGAAUUUAAAUGAACAGCAAGGUGCUGGGGAGGGAAGGUGCGUGCUUCCUUCCCUCGCUGCCAUUCAUGCCAUCCCUGCGCUGCAGCAGUGCUUUGAAGACAGCGCCGGAGGACGAGGCAGCCGCUGAGCCAGCAUGGGAUGCUGCAGCCUGAGAGCCAGGCACGCUGGUUCUGCAGGAGAAAGCCAGGAUGAGGUGGAGCUGUUGAAGACGGGCAGGACCAGAAAAUGGUCCAUUUCAGAUGGCCAGAGUGAGGGAUCCCUCCAACCUAAGGACCCUGCAGUUCCCACAAAGACAGAAGGGGCAGAAGCACUGUGGGGAAAAACACAGGAAGAACUGCUGAACUUGUUGAUCGCUCAGCCCAUCGCUGGCUGGGAAGGCAGGAACAUCCUUUCUCUUGGGGAGAUCGUUUGGUCCUCCUGGGUUUUUCUGAGAAGUUAUCACAUGGAGGAGAUGUCUGAACGCUACCUUGUGCUGACCUCCUCCUACUUGCUGAUUCUUUCUGUGGAUCACACAAAGAAGGCAUUUGUUUAUGAGGGUCUCGUUCCUCUUGCUGGGAUGCACCUGAGGGAGGUUGUGACUGCCAUCAGCUACACAUUUGAAAUUUCUGGGCCCAUGAUAGAGUCCCGGCUCAUUUGCUGCCAAAAUUCAGCCGACUUUGACAAAUGGAUUCAGCACCUCCAGAACCAAAUCAAGAUGGCAAAUGCCAACUACUCAGCCAGUCCCACCAGUAAUAUCUCUUUCCUGGUGCCUUGUGAUGAGCAAUGGAAGAAAAGAGCACUGAUGAGACAUCUCUUGUGUAACACCAUUCUGAAAUGGGAAGGAAAACCAAUUCAACACCUGGGAAGGAUUCAGUACCUGACCAUGGUGCAAAUGGCUACUGGCUGCACAGAGGAUCCUAAGGAAAGGCUGCUGAUCCUGUUCCCAGAAGACCUGCUUUUCCUCUCUGUGGAUGAGGAGAGAACUACAGUCACAUAUGAGGGAAAACUCCCCUUGAUGGGAAUCCAGGCAAAGGAGAAAUCCACUGUGCUGGGGAGGUUACAGCUUGAAAUUACAGGAAACCUGACAGAACCAAUCCUUAUCAAUUGUUCCACAGCAGAAGAUUAUGAAAAAUUACUCUUCCACUUACAGAAGCCAGAGAAAAACCUCGACACUGUGACACUCCAGCCACCACCAAUCAUCCCUAAGAAAUCCUGGCAUCAUCAUUAGGAGGUCAGCAUGCACUGACAAGAAGAGGGUACAUGAACACGAUCCCAAUAGAAAGUGAAGAAGCUGCAAAAAUGAAUAAGAGGGGAUUAGAAAUUGGAAACCAAGCUUCUUUCAGACUGAGAGGUGAAUAAGGACCUGCAGAUGAAUGAUUCUCCACUGGCUGCUGUUUUGAAUGAGCCAUUGCAAUUGAUGUAGGACCUUGUGAUUGUGACCUCAGCUGUACAUAUGCCUCAAUGAGAAACCUUUCUCCAUUUGCUUGCUAUAUUUAUUGCCUGAUCCUUUCCAGGGGAAAAAAAAAAAAAAAGAAAGAAAGAAAGAAAGAAACAAACAUUGUAAAAUACUCUGUAAGCAAUACAAAUAAAACCAUUAACCUGUGCUUAAACCAUG